AUGGCUACCCCCUACUCUUUUGGACCUCCCAUUGAAACAAAGUCUAUCCACUCUUCCUCCAAAGAUCUUACCCGCAUUAAAAAGAUUAUGAAUGAGGAAUUUCCCCAGCGUCCAGCUCUCAACGUCACUAAAUCGCUCACUCCCCAGAAGAAGAACAGAAAUAAGGGGGUGCUGUUCUUUCAGAUAAUCCCAGAUGACUUUUCUGAAUCUAUCGCCCCACCGCCUAUCUCUAAGAAGCAGGCGAUCAAGGAGGCAGACUUACCUGAGCGUCCUGCCGAAAACUUCAAAGUUACAAUUAAGAAUCAUUAUGGCUUACCCAUUAAUUCGCUCAAGAAGACGGAAGAUGAACAUAACUCCCUUCAGCUCCCUACCGAUGAUAGUACCAAAGACACCGCCGGCCUUAUCAAACCAUUCACUGCAAAGAAAAAAAACAAGAAAUGGCAGCCACUACCUCUUGAUAUACCAACCACCCUCAACACCCAUAUAGUUGGUAGACAAUUUUAUCGCAGGAACCAAGACCCAACAUUAAACAGUGCCCAGGCCCCUCCACAAAACGCCCACCUCACCUUUAAAAGAAACCUUCCUAACGACAAUUCUUCUCCCCAUAAACCUACCAACAUCACCUCCAAAAUGUCUACCAAUAACCAACCCACUACCCACUACCCCACUACCCCAACCUCUCCCUCCAGGAAAGCCACAAGAAUGAGCCCUAUCAACAACCCCUCCGAAGAAAUGCAUCAAACAAACAAAAAGCCGCACUCCGCUGUUAGAGUCAAUAACAGAAGAUACCAAAGGCGUGGAAGUAUUUACCAAAACGCACUCCGCGAUCGUCCUUACUAUGCCAUGAUCCAAUGUGGAUUGUCACGUCCCGGCUCCACCUCCUCCACCACCUCCUCCUGUAGUAGUGACGGGAUACAAUCUUGCAACCAACCAAAAAAUUGCUCUUUCGGUCAUGAAGGAGAUCGCUACCAUGAUUCCCCAUGGCAUAUUCAGCGCUUUGUUUUGGGAUUUAAUGUCGACCUCUGGGAAAGCAAGGUCGGCCCCGAAGGAAAACUUGAUCUGUUUAAUAGAAGGAACGAGCUCAUGGCUAUUGGGGAUAUUAUCAACAGGGAGGGCAUGAAGGUUGGCCAUCGCAAGCUUGUUGAAAUGGAGAGGGCCAAAAGGGGUCUUCCGCCCCAAACAGACGAGUGGUGCUGGGCCGGACGGGCCUACAAGGCUAAGACUGGUAGCUUCUCUAAAUAUGGUAAUGGGAACUGGGAAGAUCAAACUGAUACCAGCACUUGCGAGGAAGACAACUGGGAGGAUCACACUCUUGCUGGCACCUCUGUUUCUUAUCAGAGGGACGGUGACACCGGCGACGAUGAGGAAUUUAUCGACGAGAACAAGAUGCGAUUUGAGGAGCAUCUUCGGGCGGAAACAGCGCUCUAUGAGGUCGAGCAGGCUCAGGCUAAGAAUGCGAGAGAGGAGGAGGAGCUCACGUUGCAGCAGAAUAAUGCAAUCCUCGACAGGGAGCUUUGGGAGCAGCAGCAGGAGUAUGAGCGGGAUAUGCAUGCGAGGAACACCAGGGAAGAGUACGAUGAGCUUUUCUGGUAUGUGAAUCUUCAGGUCGAGCAGCAACAACUUCGAGACCAAGAGGAACACCGGCGCUGCUAUCAAGAGCAGCAGCGUCAGUAUGAAGCCCAGAGACAUGCUACCCGCGCAUACAACAUUCCGAGGCCGUCACCAUAUUCUAUUACUACAAGCACUGUCGCCCCGAUGGAGACAGUUAGAUACAACAAGCCAAUUGCGAGACCGACAACUACACGCACUAGCACCAUUAGCCAGGCAGUCCAGUCUUCAUUUUUUGUCGCUAGCGCGGUUUCGGAGAUCCCUCAUAAAUUGUCUCCUCAGUGGAUUCAGACUCCCAGAAGCCACAUGCAUGGGAUUACUGGAGACAGAUGGUGCCUCUUUGAGCAUUUCGGGCCAGUCACUUUGUCUGAGGAUUAG